UGGCUACUGAGAAGUUGAAUUUAGAGUCAAAGAUAGAACAAAAUACCCAAAAGAGAGGGAAGUCAUCCAGUUCUUCAAAAUUGAUGGAACCUUCUGAUGGUUCCCAUGAUGAGAAAGAAGCGGAGGCCAUUCCAGAGCAUAAAAAUGAUGGCAAGGAUCCUCCUGGUUCAGCUCCAGAGCAUCAAAGUGAUGGCAAGGAUGCUUCUGGUGCAGCUUCUGAGGAACAACCUGUCAGUGCUGUUAUAUCCUCAGAAAAUAAAGAAGAGACAGUAAUUCAGCCUUCUUCCCCCAAGGCAACUGACAGCAAAUCUGCACAUGUUGCUUCUCCCACAGCAAGUGGGAAUGUGCCCGAUGAGAGCCAUCCAAAAAUGAUGGAAAGGCCUAAAAAGAAAGAGAGUCUCAUUAAGGAUAUAACACCUUCUGCUGAUGAUGCCUCAAAAAAGACAUCUGAAGGAACUAGUGAUUCAGAAGCAAAGCCAAAUAGGCGCUCUGGGAAGAAGGUUGUGGCUGGGAAAUUGAAUGAGGAGAAAACUAUGGCUGUGACAGAUGAAAGUAAGAAAGAAAGUGGCACUGCUACUGGCUCAGAGGCAAAACCAGUGAAGCAGGCAGCAAAGAAGGUGGAUGCCAGCAGUAAUAAUGCAGAUGAAUCUGCUUCAAAGCAACAGGAGGAUAGGAAAAGGCGAUCUCGAGGGAAAGGUGUGUCCGAGAAGGAUGAAACAAAACCUUCAACUAAGAAUGAAGAGAAGGAAACAGUUGCUUCUCCAAAGUCAGUGAAGUCAAGUAAAGAUGAACCUCGUGUGGAAGAGACCCCUAAGACUGAUUUAAAGAGAAAGUUAACUCCUGGAAAAGACAAAGCCUCUGGUUCUAAAGAAUAUGGUGAGAAUCUGGUUGGUUCCAAGGUCAAAGUUUGGUGGCCCAUUGAUAAAACGUUUUACGAAGGUGUUAUUGAUUCAUUUGAUUGCAUUAAGAAAAAGCACAAGGUAUUGUAUAAUGAUGGUGAACAAGAAAUUUUGAAUCUUAAGAGGGAAAGGUGGGAGUUUAUUCAAGAUGAUUCUGAAUCAGAUGAGGAAAAAAAUGGUGGUCAAGCAAGUCCUGAGUCUUCAUCUGAUAUGCCCCUGAAGAAGAAAGCAAAAUUAACUGAGCAGUCAACUAAGCAAGCUAAGAUGGAUAUUUCUCCCAAAACGGGUGGAGGAGGUUCAUCCAGCAAAUCCAAGGGUAAAUCUAAUAGCAGGUCAAAAGAUGGGAAAGUUGAUAGCAAAUCAAAGGAUGGUUCUAAGACCAGCAAUAAAUCAGAAGAUGACAGUGCCAGCAGAAGUAAGGAUCACAAGGCGGCUGGCAAAUCUGAGGACAUCCUUAGCACGCCAAAGACCAAGUCUAAGCAGGAAACCGCCAAUCCUUCUACUGCUAAGGAUAAGCCCCGUAAAAGCAGUGGCAAAUCUAAUCCUAAUGGAACUGGCAAGUCAAAAUCUGGUCAAUCGAAGGCGAAAGAAUUUGAGAAUGUGAAAGAGAACUCAACAGAAUCUGCUAAAGGACAGGAAAGUGUCAAAGGUAAAUCACCAAGUUCAUCCAAGAGUGGCAAAAAGAGACGAAGAUAAGCAGGAAGGUGAUGUAGUUAGGGGUUUUGUAUCGAGCAUACCAUCUUUGAAUGUUAGAAUUUAUUUAUUGCAGCUUUGUUAGAUGUUGAGAUGCUGCAUCCACAGCUAGCCAUGCACUUGUUAUUUGUCGUCGGCAAUCCUUGUGUGGUGGUGGCUGGCGUAUUUAUGUAAUUCUCAAUUAGUGUAGUUCACAGUGGUUGUUGUAGGGUUAAGUCUCUCUCUUAUUUGUCUUUAGAUGGCGGCACAGCAGAAAACACUUUCGUCAGCCCUUUUGUGUUUCCUUUUUUUAAAAGGAAGUUUUUUCAAUAGAUAAUGUAAUAGAUU